AUGACAGACAAGAACGACACCAUUCCAGACGGUGCGAACACAACCGACGCCGCGGGUGACGCGUCGGCACACGAGAACAACACCCCGGCGCCCCAAGUCGACGCCUCCACGUCCGCGACCGCGUCCGAGCCUGCCGAGCCGUCCGUAUCCGAGCCAUCAAAGGCAGAGACCAAGGAUGAAAUCAAGACUGAAGCUGCCCCUGCCGAACCCGCCGUAAAGGCCUCAGCAGAACCCACUGCCGCCGCUGCGAGCGGGGGUCUGCAGCUGAGCGACUUGCCGCCAGUGUCGACCGGCACUAUCCAGGUCGAAGGCGGUAAAGAGCACGAGACAAAAUCUCGACGCGCAGAGGGUGUGACCAACAUCGCAACCAACGUGGACGUACCCUACACUCCUUCUGCGCGACACGCUCCCGAUAGCCCAACGACGUCACUAAUCACGUCGCUGCGUACGCAGCUCGAGCUUGUGUCCGAGCAGGCGCAGCAGCUCAACACCAAGCUGGUGGCGAGCAUCUCGCGCCACGCCGACCUCGAGGACCAGGUGUAUGGGCUGACGCACGAGCGUGAGCAGACGGCGACCCACGUCGCCGAGCUCGAGCGUGCAAAGGCCAAGUGGGAGGAGAGCAUGAACACGGGUCUCCUCGUCGAGCAUGCCCAGAUCCGUGAUGAGAUGCAGCGUCUCGCUUCCAACCUCGUCGAGGAGGAGAGAAGACGUGGUACCGCCGAGGAGGAGCGCACAAAGGUUGAGAACGAAGUUGACGAGCUGUCCGCGACGCUCUUCCAGCAGGCCAAUACGAUGGUCGCCGUCGAGCGCAUGGCCCGUGCCCAGGCCGAGGACCGACUCAAGAACUCGGAGGAGAACUUGACUGCCGCCGAGGCCGCCAUGCGCGACAUGCAGGCUCACCUCCAGUCUCUCCCAUCGCUGCAGGCCGCUGCCGCUGCUCGCGCCCCCCUUCCCCGCCGCUUCCUCUCAUCGCACCCACCAUACGCCGAGUUCCUCUUGCUCGUUCAGCAUCUCCGUGCCGCCCGCCCACGAUCCAUUCGCGCUCGCGACCUCUACCCCGUCCCUUCCCUCACCAACCUCUUGCACCAGCCCUUCCUGGCGCGGUGCGUCGCUGAGGAUCACGAUCCUACACUCCGCCUUGACGCCGCUGCCGACCUUGGAUGGGUCAGCCGUCGCGCCGUUGGAACUGCCAUUAUUGCAGGCGACCUCAUCAUCGAGCCCGUUGGUGCUGCUUCUCUGGGACCCGGCCACGCCAUCAACUGCGCCAUGUGCGGCCGCGGUGUCUUUGGUGGCGGAUCAGAGUCCACCUCGAAUGCCUCUUCUCGCUUUGGUCUCAAGCUCUUCUCCUCGCCAAGUGCCUCGCCAGCUGCUCCCGCCAGCCAGUCCGUCUUCGUCUUCAAGAUGGCCAACGACCCUCAGCCCAAAAGCUACCCUCUGUGUCGCAACGGCUGGUGUCUCGAGCGUCUUCGGGCGGCCUGCGCACUGUGGCAUUUCCUCCGCACAGGCCUCGUCGUGCCGGUCUGGAACUCGGAGGACGUUGCGCACUCGCGUCAAGUUAGUGGUGCCAAUGCCCCCUACCGCUCGUCGGAUUCUGAGACUGUUGUCGUCAUGAGCGAAAAGGACAUGUCCGCUCCGCCCAGUGCCAGCAGCGAGGCCUUUUCGGACGUGACCGACCACUCGUCUUCUGCCACUUCUGCCUCUGCAUCCAACACCGCACCCGCACAGCCCGAGCCAAAGCGCAAGGGCGCCUGGGGCUUGGGCUUCAAGCUCGGCGGCGGAGCGUCUGAGAAGACAACCACGUGGGGCGGAGGCUGCCGAGUCUGGCGACAAGGAGAAGGGUGUCGUUGGUCUCGAGGACGAGCUCAACGAGAAGGAGAAGCCGCCCGUCGUGGACAUCACGCCGGCCGGGAGGAGGCGGCUGACCUCACUGAGAAGCCCCAGACGCCCUCCCAGACGCCUUCUCCAGAAGACGAGACCGCAACCAACUCGCCAACCAAGGACGCUGCCGCUGAGGCUGUCGCCGAUGACCGUGCGUCCGUCAAGUCGUCCGAGGGCGACUCGUUUGCUACGCCCAACGCCGAAACUCGCGAGCUGCCAAUUCUUGACGAUGCCCCCGCAGCCGAUGAAACCAAGGAGGCGUCGGAAGACCAGGAGCCCAAGGAGGAGCCCAAGGAGGAGAAGGACGAUGCCGUCAAGGAGGAGGUCGAGGCCCAGGCCGAGACACCUGAGGCCAUUGCCGAGGCACCCGAGGUCAAGGUGGAGACACCCGAGGUCAAGGUGGAGGAACCUGAGAAGAAUGCGGACAGCCCAGCCACUGAAGAGUCUGGGGCGAACGGCUCUGCAGCCAUCGUCGCGCCGCCCAAGUCGCCUUCCCCACCCGUUCGCUCUGCCGCCCGUACCCCUGCUCCCCCUCUCCCACCGCGCGCGGCUGGACGGCCACGCCCCAGCGCCAGCUCCGCCGUCGACAGCGUCAUCAGCCCUCCCCAGACGCCGACUGCUGCCUCGACGGACAAGUCGGGCAGCGCCGAGAAGGCUGACGAGUCGGUCGACGAGUCCAAGGAUGCCGCUGCUGAGGCCGAGAAGCCAAAGGCAGAGGCGGAGGAGGAGGCCACUCCUGCCGAGUCCGCUGACGCGCCGAUCGCGACGGAGAAGGCCGUCGACGAGCCUACAACCCCGACCGCAGCGUCCCGCGGCGUGCCCCCACCACCACCACCCCGCCACCCGACCAUUGCCGCUCACUCCUCCCUCCCGUCCUCCCCCACCGCCCUGCUCCCGCCCCCACCACCGCGCCGCGUCGUCUCUGGCGCCACCGCAAAGGACGGGCCCGCACCGCCGUCGCCGCGCCUCCCGACCGAGGAGAAGACGUUCGCCACGGGCGAGUCAUGGGAGGUGCGCACGUGGCGCCAGAUCGUCAAGCUCAAGGAGGACAUGUGGCGUGCGAGGGUUGGUGUUGUUGAUGACGAGUGA